AGGUAAAGGAAGCUAUCGUGAGAUAGAGAGUACAGAAUUGAAUGAUUGAGUGACACCAAUGAAAUGCCAUAUGAAAUGAAUUUUUGUUUUCAAUGAAUGGCAACACAUAUCAUAUCCUACACUAUAUAUCCUCACGAAAUAAACAGAUGUUAUGGAUCUGACGGAACCAAUGAUUGCCAUUAACGACAGUAAUAGUCAACAAUCGACUGUCGAUGAGUUGGCCACACGUCAGUUGAGCUCAAUUGUCGACAGUUGUGUCGGUGAUGCCAGUGAUGGACAAGUCAUUGAUGACAAUAAGGUGGUGACUGUUGUCGCCAACGAUAUACUCAUUGAUUAUCACUGCAAUAGUAGUCUCGAUGAAAUUGACACCAAAAGUGAUACCCAAGACGUGGUGAAUGGCAAUGAGGAUGUGUUUGACCAGCAAAUGAAGUACUGUUCGUGUGAUUCAGAGUAUGACGACACCGAUGGCUACACCGAGUUUGAUCUGAUGGGCGACAAUCAGAUGUCGCCGAACCGAUUGAGACAAUUGGAAGAGGAACAGGAGAUGUUGAACACAUCACUUAUGGCACUGACCUCACACUUUGCUCAGGUCCAGCUUAGACUCAAACAGAUUGUUGACGCCAAUGAUGACCAGCGAGAGGAUCUGCUCAAAGAGUUGGAACAGUUUGCCAAUCGAGGCAUACCUGAUAUAAGACAACCACAAAUCGAUCUCAUGAAUGAUAAGGAAGAUGGCGAACAUAAGGUAACUGAAGAUACACUUGAAUUGCAACGAAACAAACAAAAAGAAUUGAUUGAAAAACUUAAGGAACAGUUAGAAGAUCUGGAGAAGUAUGCCUACGAAACGGGUGAUCACGAGUCCAUACCAUCAUCGAUGCUCAUAGAAAAACAGACAGUUAUUAUCGAGCAAUUAAAGGGCAAAUUAUCACUAAAUAUCGAUGAAUUAGAUAAAUGUACGACAGAUGAACUUAGAAAACAAGUGGACAAAGCUAUACGUGAAAUAGUAAAUCCUGUUAUAAUGAAAGAACAAUUAGUCGGUCAACUGAAGACACAAAUUACAGAUUUAGAAAGAUUUAUACAAUUUCUUCAGGGUGAAGAACAAGAAAAGUGUUCGUGUGAUUGUCCACUUCAUGGCAAUUGUCAGAAAUCAGUUGAAAUGUACGAUCCAUUGAAAGCACAAGACAUGCAAAAUCGACACAACGAUAGAAAUAAGAAGUCGAAGAAUAAUUGUAAUAACCAUAAGGACGAUGACGCCAACGAAACGGCCAUCAAAAUGAUUAGACGGGCGCUGACUAUACUACAAGUGUUUACAUUUGCACAGUUCGGUUGUAAUGGUCCUAUGAAUGGCCGACACUUUGAGAGAAAUAUACUAAAAAAAUCUUCAAAAGGCAACCAUUGGGGUGACCUCAGGGCACGACUCGAGUUGGCCAUUGACCGCAUUUUGGCCAUUUAUCAGGAGAAACAUUCCAACGAUUCGGACUAUACGUCCGAUUCGGAUGAGACGCCUACUAAUCUGUUGUGCACCGAAAAGCUCAUAUCGACCGUACGUAAAGACUUGGCCACAGCUCUCCGAGAUCUUCUACAGCACGGUCUCAGCGGUAAUACCGGCGACGACUUUGUGAGCGACGUGUCGGCGACGUCGUUGUUGAGUUGGGGCUGUUUCUCUACCCGUUCCCAUUUAGUGCCCCGACAGAUGCACGCCUGGGAUGUCCUACUCAAAUAUUAUGAGCUUAAAAAUGGACUUAAAUAUAACUCAUGUCCCGCUAGACGACUGUCCCAAUCGUUUAACUUAGAAAUUGUUGGAGGACUGGCCAUCACACCUAAACAGACAUUACUGUCAUGUAUUGACGACAUCAUUGAAUCGCACACAAGACUUAAGCGCAGUCCUGACUCACAUUUUAAGGCUUUUGUUUGCGCGGCUCUUAAUGAAGGAAAACUAUGUCAAUGGCUAAGACUUAUAGUGAAAAGUCGUACAAUUGUUGAAAAUUUUUAUGACAACUGGUCGUAUAUCGUGUCCACAGGUUUUGAUGAUACACUCCGAGCUCUGGACAAACUAUCGGAAGUUCGGUUUCAUUUGCCGACCGAUUUGGCGAUCAGACAAUUGCAAAAUAUACACGACGUCUUCUAAGCAUAUGUUUUGCCAUUAGAUAUAUAGUUGGAAACAGAUUAUU